CGGGUGCUGCUCUGGCAGUUGAGCACGUAGUCCAGUCCCACCGCAUGGUGGACGGAUGUUUCUCCCGAUCGGGCAGCGAGGAAAGAUGCUGUAAACCGUGCGAACUGGUCGUCGUCGUCGUCGUCGCCACGUCGGAGAGGAAGGAACGGAGAAGCGUCUCUCAGAAGUGACACUUAGCAGCCAUUUGGAGACUAUCACCCGAUAUUUGGUAAUUUAGGCUGUGUUUCGAGAAUUUUUACGCAAUCCAAUAUGAAGUCUAAUGCUGCUUUUAAUGAACAAUUUGGCGAGUUUGUUCGUGUAUUCUCUCAAUGGAAUGAAUGCGAGCAAACUGUCGUUCUUUAUGCACUGAUGCGUCGCAUACCCCAUGUUCAGGCAAAGUUUCUUAUACAAGCAAUACAACACUUGCUGCUCUCUGUCACUGAAUUGGAUACAAAGGAAACAAAUGCCAAUAAUCCAAGUUACAUCUCCGCAUUGAUGUCAGAGUCAACAGAAAUUGCAGUUAAACAACUUUUGAUGCAUUUACCCUUAUUAAAGCCUGGGAAUACAGAGUGCAAACGAUUCUACUUAUUGGCAAUACCAGAUUUAGUGAGUCAUUGUGUAAGCACGGGACAAUUUAUAGAUCAAACACAGCAGCUCUUGAGCUACAUUCUGAUACAUCCAGCUAUAACUGGUCCCGAUAGACGUUCUUUAACACAGUGGCUCAAACAUUUGGAAGAACGUAUUAGUAAUCCACCAUCUGUUACCGGUCUCGAAGAUUAUCCAAAUACUCCAAUCAAAUGGGAGAGUCUGUGGCAAAGGAAUUCCAAGCAGCAGAGCUCUGAUCAGAGCACUCUAUUUAUUACGCAAACGGCUCCCCCGUUUUUACAGUUUCAUCACCCCCGUCAACGUCGUUCGAAUAGCUUGACGCCACCGGUGCCGCCACCACAACAAUUUGAAAUCUUCGAGCGUUCUAAUAACGCGAACAAUUCAUCUAAGCAUAAGCCGCGUAGCUUUAGCGUCUCUGGAGAUCACACCGGCAAUAUUAUCGGUUUGAGUCCACUGAGCCCACAGGAUUCCUGUGCGAGUAGCGGUAGCGAGGGUCGUUUGGAUGACGCUUCCAAUCGUUCGAUUGAUAGUGGUAUGAGAGAUAUACAAUCAUGGCUUAAAUCAUUACGCCUCCAUAAGUACAGUUACUUGUUUAUUAACAUGAGUUACGAGGAGAUGUUGCAAUUGACGGAGGAUCAAUUGGCAGAGCAAGGAGUUACAAAGGGGGCUAGGCACAAGAUGGCUGUCUCUAUCGGUAAAUUACAGCAACGGUACAGCACUCUCUUGAAUCUGGAAACGAGUCUGAUGUCACCUAAUACUCGCGAUGGCAUGCAAACUACUUCGUUCUCACAAGGUCCAUCUGUACUCAUGAAUGUGAUUGACGAGCUCAAAGGAAUCUUGACCACCCCUAUGAAGCCGAGUCAAGAGAACGAUCCGCAAGAUAUCCCUACACAGUUUAUGAAAGUGCUUGGAAAAUUGUGUAGUAGAUUGCCUCUGGAGAGCGUAGAAGACAGUAUUUUGUGCGCGUGCAUAAACAUCUUGGAAAAAGUAUCGCAACACGACUGUUUUACUACAUAUCAAAAAGAGAAAGUGCAACAAUGGCGCAGUAGACUCGGCAAUCCGCGACCAACUCCAAAGUGGCAACACAAUUACGGUUACAAUAACAGGCGGUAUGGCAAUUCACAACAGCACAACAGGAAACCGAGUUUAAAUUUGAAUCACAUUCACUCCAGCCAUUCGCACAACAACCAUUUUAUAAUGACUCAGCAUAGAAAUAGUAUAUCUUCGCCGUACUUGCAAAAUAAUCAGAAUCAGAAUAUGAACAUCUUGAAUACGAACAACUUGCGUACGGUACAUACGAUCGAGAAAAGACCGAGCCUACAAGAGCCUACCAGCAGUUUGCAGCAAUUACAAAAAACGUUGCAGCGUGCAUACAGCGCGCCGCGGGACCGUUUCAUGGGACAGUCCACCAACGGAACGAAUGAAACGACAGAGCCGGAAAUCGAUUUUCGUCUGGAAUCUCUGUGCUUAAGGAUGACCGAGCAAGCACUCGACGGAUCCAGCGAGGCCUAAACUUCUAUAUGCGCGUUCUUCUUUAAGGAUUUAAUGUAAGUCAUAUUUAGCGUAAGUCAAGUCACUUUUUCGGGUUUUUGACUCCGAAAAUUUAUUUCGAAAGAAAUUCUGUUUGCCAAAACACAUGAGCGGGCGAGACGAUAUUCGUGAGUCAUUGUUUUAAAAUGAUACUUUAAUGGGGGAUUACAUUUUUUUUUGUGUGCAAACACCUGCGUGUAUACACACUUACGCUUUUAAUAUAGCCCUACCAAAUGAAAAAAAAAUGUCCGACAUGUGCGACAUUUUUGUGAGAGAGAAGUAAAGAUAAGUCAUUCUUCGAGAAUCGAAUGACACUUUUACACAUACACAUUACAAGAAAACGUUGCAGCGUGCAUACAUCGCGCUGCCAUUACACAUUACACAUACAUACUCAUGUAAACCGUAUUUUUUAUCAUAUUUGAUGCAAUUGUACUAUUUAAUUGACAGAAUUUGGCAAGCCAAAUGCUAUUAGAAAGAUAGAGUCUUUCCUCGACUAUUUGCUUCAUCCAUAUAUAUAAAUAUAUAAGAAGAAAUAUAUAUUGUAUAUAUAUACACGUAUGAUAAUACAUAAAAUAAUAUUGCAAAACAUCACGUGCUAAUGUAAUGUCAUUUUUACAUUUUCUUUUCUUUUCGCAUUUUAUAUGAUUUAAAACAUAGAAAGAGACACAGAGGAGAGUGGAAAAAUGACAUUACAUCAGCAUGCAAUGUUUUACAAUAUUAUUUUUCAUGUUAUCCAUUUUGAAAAAUGGAAUCUGAUUUUAAGCGCCAGAGAAUUUUGUAGAGCGUGAUACGAUUUAUUUUAAUAAUUAGACUGAUUUUAAUUUUAA